AUGUCCACCGUUCUUAACAAAAUCCAGGCACUCCAGCCUGGGGAACGGUUCUGCUCGUUUGAGUUUUUCCCGCCGAAAACAGAUGCCGGUUUCCGAAACCUCCUUGCCCGUUUGUCUCGUAUGAUGGCGCUCAAUCCGCUCUUUCUUACCAUCACUUGGGGUGCUGGAGGAUCCACUUCUGAAAAGUCGUUGGACUUGGCCGCCACAUGCCAGAAGGAGCUCGGCGUGACCACCGUGUUGCACUUGACGUGUACAAACACCAACAAGGAGAUCAUCGAGGAUGCGUUGAAGAGAGCCAGGGAGGCUGGUAUCAAGAACAUCUUGGCCUUACGAGGCGAUCCUCCUAGAGCCGAGGAGUACUGGACGCCAAACUGUGACUUCAACAACGCCGUGGACUUGGUGAGGUACAUCAGAGAACAGCACGGCGACUACUUUUGCAUUGGUGUGGCUGGAUACCCAGAAGGCCAUGUUGAGGGUGCGGAUGCUCUGGACCAGGAUCCUCGCAAGGACUUGCCGUACUUGAUAGAGAAGGUGGAGGCUGGUGCUGAUUACGUGGUCACUCAGCUCUUCUUUGACGUGGACAAGUUUGUGGCGUACGAGCAGUUGCUCCAGGAAACACCCCAGUUGAAGAACAUUGUGCUAAUACCCGGUCUUAUGCCCAUCACCACGUACCGGGUUUUCAUCAGAUCCACCCGUCUCUCGCACGCCAGCGUGCCCAAGACCAUUUUGGAAGACUUGAACGCCCAUGCCAACGACGACGAUAUGGUCAAGGUGAUCGGUUUGGACGUUUUGACCAAGAUGAUUCUGGAAAUCGACGCCAGAACAAACGGACGCGUCCGUGGCUACCACUUCUACACGCUCAACUUGGAGAAAGCCGUGGCCUCCAUCAUCAACAGGCUGCCGGUGUUGCAGAACAUGAUUCCUCACAAUCAGCUGGUGCAGCACGACGACGCCAUAGCUUCCGAUUCCGAUGACGAUUUGCCUGUGGUGCCACAGAAGAACGGCAGAAGAAAGUCCUCUGUCAAUGAGAACCUGGUGGCUGUGCCUGGCACUGCAGAAGCCAAGAGAGCGUUGGUUUCCAAAGCGCUCUCGAAGGACCCCAAGGCAAUUGUUGAUAUUUCCACAGGCAAAGGUGCUUUGGGCAAAGACGCCACGUGGGAUGAAUUCACCAACGGUCGUUUUGGUGAUUCCAAUUCGCCCGCCUACGGUGAAAUUGACGGUUACGGUCCCAACUUGAAGCUUCAUUCAAACAAAGAGGUCGAGGAGACCUGGGGCGAGCCCAAGAGCGUCAGCGAUAUCACCAAGAUUUUCGUCGACUACCUCUCAAACAAAAUUAACGUUUUGCCUUGGGCAGACAGCGAGCUUUCGCCCGAAACCGCAUUGAUCCAGGAGGAGCUCUUUGAGCUCAACGAAAGAGGCUGGUUCACCUUGGCGUCGCAGCCAGCCGUCAACAACUGUUCGUCCCGUGACAAGAUCUUGGGCUGGGGUCCAUCAAACGGGCACAUUUUCCAGAAAUCGUUUGUGGAGUUCUUCAUUCCCAAAAAACAGUGGCACGACGACUUGUUGCCCCGUCUUGCAUCUCAGGUUGACGACAAGACCAUCACAUACUACUGUGGCGACGCCAGCGGCCACAUUUCGCUGAACUUGCCGCUCAGCAUCGGCAAAAAUAGCAACUCCAAGCUGGCGGUCACCUGGGGCGUUUUCCCUCUGAAAGAGGUGUUGCAGCCCACCAUCAUAGACUAUGAGUCGUUCAGGGCGUGGAACGAAGAGGCCUUUUUGUUGUGGCUCGAGUGGGCCCGCUGCUACAGGAAAGACAGCGCCUCGUUCCAGUUGUUGAACGACAUCUACAACUCGUACUACUUGGUCAGCUUGGUGCACCACAACUUCACCGACGAGUUCGUCUUGUGGACCACUUUGCUCAGCGACUGA